UCACAAUGUCAGGAGUCACGUCGCUCUUUUCGCUAAGCGGGCAAACCGCCAUCGUCACGGGAGGAACAAGAGGCAUUGGGCAGGCCAUGGCCCUUGCCCUUGCCGAGGCAGGCGCCGAUAUUGUUCUAAUCCAGAGAGACGAAUCCAACACUUCAACCCGCGACGAGAUUACCAACCGCCUCGGUCGAAAGGCAUGGAUCCACGUGGCAGAGCUGUCCGAUCGAGAGGCCAUCAAGGGGGUUAUCCCGGCUCUGACGAGUCAAGGGAUCAAACCACAGAUUCUGCUAAACUGCGCCGGUAUUCAACGACGGCAUCCGAGCGAGAAAUUUCCGGAUGAGGACUGGGACGAGGUCCUGCAAGUCAACCUAACGUCUGUGUUCACGUUAUGUCGUGAGUUCGGGGCUUAUCUCCUGGCUCGGGAUGCCUCCGAAUUCCCAUCCGGACGACGUGGUUCGAUCAUCAACGUCGCAUCGCUUCUCUCGUUCCAGGGUGGCAUCACCGUGCCGGCAUACGCAGCAUCCAAGGGCGGCAUCUCGCAACUGACCAAGGCACUCUCAAACGAGUGGAUAGCCAAGGGGAUCAACGUCAAUGCUAUCGCCCCCGGAUACAUCGCUACCGACAUGAAUGUGGCUUUGAUCAACGAUAACAACCGCAACGCGGGCAUCAUGGCUCGGAUCCCUGCAGGACGAUGGGGCAAGCCGGAGGAUUUUAAGGGCGUGGUCGUAUUCCUGGCCAGUCAGGCCAGCAGUUACGUUUCAGGAGAUGUGAUUUGCGUCGACGGCGGUUGGAUGGGACGAUGAAGUCGAAAUUUGGCAACGAAUCCUGCAACCUUGAUACAAAAAAACACACCACGAAUAGAUCAAUGGAAUAUUAUGAUUAGUCGUCGAACUCCUCGGAAUGUGACCGUUCCGAUAAGAGCCCUACCUAGCUAUCGGCGCAGGAGGGGGGUUAUGUUGGGUCAGGUCAUAUUUGCUUUAGUCUGUCAUACCACGGUGCUAGUCCCUGUUCUGGAUUGAUUACGG